AUGUCUCACCAGACAGCUCACCUAAGAGUUUGCGUCAACAUUCUCAACAGCAAAAUCGUUCCAACAAUAGAGACAUCAACAAUUGUGAAUAAUGUCUCACCAGACAACUCACCUAAGAGUUCACGUCAACAUUCUCAACAGCAAAAUCGUUCCAACAAUGGAGACAUCAACAAUUAUCAUGUCUCACCAGACAGCUCACCUAAGAAUUUACGUCAACAUUCUCAACAGCAAAAUCGUUCCAACAAUGGAGACAUCAACAAUUAUCAUGUCUCACCAGACAGCUCACCUAAGAAUUUACGUCAACAUUCUCAACAGCAAAAUCGUUUCAACAAUAGAGACCUUAACAAUUAUCAUAUCUCACUAGGGAGCUCACCAAUAAGUUCAAGUCAAAAUUCUCAACAACAAACUAGUUUUGCACCCAUUUCUAGCACACCGGUCCAUAAACGAACCUUAAUUAAGGAGACACAAUCGGAUAGUAAUUCCUUGAGGGUUUCCCGCAUAUCCCAUCAUAAAGGACACGAUACUGAACCAUCCGCUUCGAAUAUUAAGCUACCAAAUGAGAUCGUGGACUACCUAACAAAAUCAAUGGUCCGACAGGACGAGCUUUUUCGAGUAGUUCAGUCCCUGGUUGCUAGUAGACCAAUCACUACGUCUGAGGAAGAACACGACGAUUUCGUAGAAAAACUUCCCGAUUUCCCUAUUUCUUCUAUGGAAGACUUUCUUUCAUUGGAGAGGGAGCUGCUUCAAAAACGUUUCAAGAUAUAUUUUGUUCGUUACCUUAUAUCUUUGGGAGGUGGUACUCUUGCUGAUUCUUCCAAGCUUUUAUUAAGGCAUUGCUUAGACAAGGUUGUUGCAAUCGAAUAUAGCCACCAAGGAAAAGGAAAACUGAAAAAAAAACCUUUGAACGCAACUGAAUUUUACAAAGCAUAUAAAGGUAAAGUCAACUAAAAUAUUUUUAAAAGGUAUUUAUUCUUUAUUAUUUUUUUUAGUUGCACUUCGUAAGCGCCACAAGAAAAUUUACGAUAAUUCAACGGUUAAUAACUGCAUUGUAAAUUUCCUGCGUGGUUCAAAGGAUCGCAAAGGCGGAAGGAACCAAAGGCGUAAGAUUGCUGGAGAAGAUGAAGAAAACAAAGAAAACGAUAACAUCACAGACGAAGAAAAUGAAGACGAAGAAAAUGAAGACGAUGAAAUUAAUAUCCAAGGGACUUCGGAUGAGGACUGAAAAUUUAUAUUAGUUGAUCUGUUUUUUCAGUUUCCGUUUGUUCAUUUUUUGUUAAAAUAAGUAAAUGUUACAAAUACA